AUAAAUAAGCUAUUUUUUAUAAUUAAACAAAGAAAACUACUUUAUUUCCAGAUCGUAGCUCUCAGUGCCCUGUUGGCCGCUGCUAACGCCGGCUACUACGGUCACGGUCACGCCGUGUCUUCUCAAAGCAUUAUCCGCCACGAUGAGCCUCUGCACUAUGCCGCUCCCGUAGCCCACUACGUUGCACCCAUUGCCCAUUACGCUGCCCCCGUAGCUCACUACGCCGCUCCCGCUGUUCACUACGACGGUCACGACACCUACGCUCACCCCAAAUACGACUUCUCGUACUCCGUGGCCGACCCCCACACCGGUGACCACAAGUCCCAACACGAGAGCCGCGACGGAGACUCCGUGCACGGAUACUACUCUCUGGCUCAACCGGACGGCUCCAUCCGCAAGGUCGAGUACACCGCUGAUGCUCACAACGGUUUCAACGCUGUGGUGCACAACUCUGCCCCCUCCGUGCACCCCGCCCCCGUCUACGGACACGACUACCACCAUUACUAAUUUAUUCAAAGCUGACUGAUUAAGUGCCUAUUUAUUGUUAUUGGAAAGUAUGUAUUUUGUUCUUUAUUUUGAAACCCAUGAUUAUAUUGAAUAUAUGACUCUAAAUACA